AUGAAUAAGGCUCCAAUUCGUAUUGACGGUAGAUUUAGGCUGGAAGAUGUGUUGGGGUCAGGUUCAUAUGCUGUCAUGUACCGCGCACAUAACUUUUUCAAUGAUGAUGUCGUUGCUAUCAAACUUGAACCGGUCACCCAUAACCCAUCUUCCGUGGAGCACGAACACCACAUUCUAAAGAAACUCAAAGGUGGAGUUAGGAUCCCCCGCGCCCUUUGGUUCAGCAGGGAGUCAACAUAUCAUGCUUUGGCCCUCGACCUCCUUGGGCCAUCGCUGCACGAUCUAUUCCUCACAUGCAACCAAAAAUUUAGCCUUCACACUGUUGUGAACUUGGGAGAACAGCUGCUGUCACGUCUCGAGUACAUUCAUUCACAUGACUAUGUUCAUGGCGAUAUCAAACCGCAGAACAUUCUCGUGGACAAUUCGAGGCAAACUACCUAUAUCAUUGAUUUCGGUAUUGCAAAGAGGUAUUGGAACGCUGCAACCGAAUCUCACAUCCCGUUUCGCCGAGGUCGACAUCUCACAGGUACCCCCAUGUUUGCAUCAAUCAACAAUCACUUGGGAUUGGAGCUGGGUUGCCAUGAUGAUCUUGAAUCACUGUCUUAUAUGUUGAUUUAUUUUUUGCGUGGCUCCCUUCCAUGGCUAAACAGUGUCGAUGAGAAGCUUUCCAGCUCCUCGAUACUCGAGCAGAAAGUAGAUACCACCAUCACUGAUUUGUGUGAUGGAAUUCCCACUGCAUUCGCCAAUAUUCUCGUCUACUCAUGCUCUCUCUCAUUCUCCGAGGAUCCAGAUUAUGACCAUCUCCGUUCUUUGCUUCAUGAUCUUCGCACUGCAGGGCCUGCACCAGUUACAUGCUCCCUGGAAUUUGAUUGUCCUAUCGCACCUUCUCCUCAAUAUUCUUGA